AUGCGUGAGUGGAAAUUUCGUUGUGCUAAUACAACAUGUUUGCCAUUCCUUAAUCUCAUUACGUCGACUAUUAUGAAGUGUCAAAUGGCUUGUUUGGCUCAAGUAUAUUGUAGAGCAGCUAGUUUUUAUCAAUCAACUUCUAAUUGUGAAUUAUUUACUGAUAUGUCAAAUGAAAUUGCACAUAUGCAGCCUGAUACCGACAUUACUACUAUGAUUGUUAUUGCUGGAACACGAUCUCCACCUGGUUCGUAUGAAUAUAGUAGAUUUAGAAAGAGAUCAUUCUGA